AUGUUUCUUGAUGGCGCCAUGGGCACCAUGGUGCAAAGGUUGAAACUCCAGGAAUCCGAUUUCAGAGGCGAAGAAUUCAAGGACUGGCCGAAAGAUUUGCGAGGAAACAAUGAUUUACUAACCCUGACCAAGCCUGAUGCCAUUUAUACUAUCCAUCGCCAGUAUCUUGAAGCAGGUGCUGAUAUGGUUGAAACCAACACCUUCAGUUCAACUUCCAUCGCGCAAUUGGAUUAUGGUUUGGAAAAUUAUGCCUAUCGGUUGAAUAAGGAAGGCGCAGCGUUAGCAAAGAGAGCUUGUGAGGAUGUUACCAAAGAGACUGGUAUCCGUCGGUUGGUAUGCGGUGCCAUAGGUCCCACUAACCGUACUUGUUCCAUUUCUCCUUCUGUGGAAAACCCUGCUUACAGAAACGUUACUUUUGACGAACUUGUUACCGCUUAUGCCGAGCAAGUCAGAGGUUUACUUGAUGGCGGAGCUGAUAUUUUAUUAGUCGAAACUAUUUUCGAUACUUUAAACGCUAAAGCAGCCUUAUUUGCAAUCGAUAUGGUCAUCACUGACGAUAACCGAUGUAAAGUCCCACUGUUUAUUUCAGGUACCAUCGUUGAUCAAAGUGGACGUACGCUUUCAGGCCAAACUGGCGAAGCAUUUGUCACUUCACUUCAACAUUCCAAACCAAUGGCUUUUGGUCUGAACUGUGCCUUGGGUGCUCCUCAGAUGAAGCCAUUCAUUCAGAAUAUCAGCCGAUUUACAGAUGCUCAUAUCAUUUGUUAUCCAAAUGCUGGUCUACCAAAUGCUAUGGGCGAAUAUGACGAAAGUCCGGAAAUGAUGUCAAAACAUGUCGAGGACUUUGCAAAAGAAGGCCUCAUUACAAUUCUUGGAGGUUGUUGUGGUACAACACCAGAUCACAUCAAGGCUUUGGUAGACGUAUGCAAAAGCUACAAACCUCGCCCCAAACCUGCCAGUAAGCAGGAUGUCAUGCUAUUAUCUGGUCUCGAAGUUCUUCGUGUCGAUGAAACGACUGGUUUUGUUAACGUCGGUGAACGUUGCAAUGUAGCCGGCUCGAGAAAGUUUUGCAGACAUAUCUUAAAAAAUGAAUACGAAGAAGCGCUCGCCAUUGCGCGAGCUCAAGUCGAAAACGGUGCGCAGGUUGUGGACGUUAAUUUUGAUGAAGGUCUUUUAGACGGCAAAGCUGCCAUGACAAAAUUCUUAAACCUGUUAGCAUCCGAUCCUGACUGCGCCCGUGUUCCUCUAAUGAUUGACUCUUCCAAUUUUGCCGUUAUUGAAGCCGGUCUUCGCUGUGCUCAAGGCAAAUGUAUAGUCAAUUCUAUCUCUUUGAAGGAAGGCGAAGAAGAGUUUAUCAAGAAAGCAAAACUCAUAAAACGAUUCGGUGCAGCUGUUGUUGUUAUGGCGUUCGAUGAAGUUGGACAAGCCGUCGAAGCUGAACGUAAGAUCGAAAUCUGUACUCGCUCCUACAAUAUUUUAGUUCAAAAAGUUGGCUUCAACCCUUACGAUAUCAUUUUCGAUCCUAACAUUCUUACAAUUGCUACUGGCAUGGAGGAGCACAAUAAUUAUGCUGUUGAAUUUAUUGACGCUUGUAAGGCCAUCAAGUCUAUCCUUCCUGGUGCUAAAAUCAGUGGUGGUGUAUCCAAUUUGUCAUUUGCUUUUCGUGGUAUGGACAAGGUACGUGAGGCAAUGCACUCUGUCUUCUUGUAUCACACUGUACAGGUCGGAAUGGAUAUGGGCAUUGUCAAUGCUGGUUUCUUGACUGUGUACGAUGAUAUCCCCAAGGAUUUGUUACAACUAUGCGAAGAUGCUGUCUGGAACCGUGACCCUGAAGUAACAGAAAAAUUGCUGGAAUAUGCCAAGGCUCACUCUAAAGAUGCUAAGAAAGAUGAAGAUUUGGAAGAAUGGAGAGCUUGGCCUGUCACGGAGCGUAUUACUCAUGCUCUUGUAAAGGGUAUCAUGAAGUAUAUUGUUGAAGAUACUGAAGAGGCUCGUCAGAACAAAGAAAAAUACCCUCGUGCACUCAACGUUAUCGAAGGCCCACUCAUGGCCGGCAUGAAUGUCGUGGGUGAUUUGUUUGGUACUUAUUUUUUCACUGUCAUACUCAGUGUCAUGAAAAAAGCUGUUGCUCAUUUAGUUGAGUAUAUCAAAAUUGAAAAGGAGGCCGACAUGGCAGCAAGCGGUGAAACUGAAGUCAAGGGUAAUGGCACCAUUAUUAUGGCUACUGUCAAAGGCGAUGUACAUGACAUUGGUAAAAACAUCUGUGGAGUCGUACUCGGCUGUAACAACUACCAUGUGGUUGACUUGGGUGUCAUGGUUCCUUGUGAUCAAAUCCUCAAAGCUGCUAUUGAACAUAAGGCCGAUAUAGUUGGUCUUUCUGGCCUUAUUACUCCGUCAUUGGAAGAAAUGGUCAUUGUAGCUAAAGAAUUUCAAAAAGCUGGCCUAAAGAUCCCUAUCCUUAUUGGCGGUGCCACAACCAGCAAAAUGCACACAGCUGUUAAGAUUGCUCCUCAAUAUACUUCACCUGUUGUUUACGUUUUGGAUGCCUCUCGUAGUGUUCCUGUCGUCGCCAGUCUAUUGGAUGAUUCAGCAAAAGAAGAGUUUGCUGAAGAUGUUCGAGAAGAGUAUGAAGAAAUGCGUGAGGAAUACUAUGAAGGUUUGGAAGAGCGUAAUGUUCUGAGCCUUGAGGCAGCCAGAGAGAAGAGACUGCAAAUUGAUUUUGUGAAAAAUCCACCUCCACACAAGCCUAAAUUCUUGGGUACAAAAGUGUAUGAUAACUAUCCCUUGGAGACUCUUGUGAACCAUAUAGAUUGGAACCCUUUCUUCCAAGUUUUCCAGCUCCGUGGACGCUAUCCCAACAGAGGUUUCCCCAAGAUUUUUGAUGAUGAACAUGUUGGACAAGAAGCAAAGCGAUUAUAUGAAGAUGCCCAAGCCAUGCUGAAGAUGAUUAUAGAUAAAAAACUAUUGACUGCUCGCGGAAUUGUCGGAUUUUAUCCUGCUCAUGCGGUUGGAGACGAUAUUGAGGUUUACAAAGAUGAAUCGUGCGAAGAGAUAGAGGCUGUAUUUUAUGGUCUUCGACAACAAGUUGAGAAAGACACAGAUGAGCCUUACUAUUGCUUAUCAGAUUUUAUUACACCAAAGGAAUCUAAUAUACCCGAUUAUAUCGGCAUGUUUGCUGUAAGCACCGGGUUCGGCUGUGAAGAGCUUGUAAAACAAUACGAGGCCGAUGGUGAUGAUUAUAACAGUAUUAUGGCCAAAGCGCUUGCUGAUCGCUUAGCCGAAGCUUUUGCGGAAGCUAUUCACGAAGAAGUCCGUAAGAAUGAUUGGGGAUAUGCUUCUGAAGAGCAUUUGACAGCAGCGGAUUUAUUUGCUGUACGCUACCAAGGUAUCCGUCCUGCGCCAGGUUAUCCGUCUCAACCAGAUCAUACUGAAAAGCAAACAAUGUGGUCAUUGGGUAAUAUCGCAGAACAAACGGGUAUCACUUUAACGGAAUCUCUUGCUAUGGACCCUCCUGCUAGUGUAAGCGGUUUAUUUUUUGCUCACGAACAGAGUAAAUAUUUUGCUGUUGGCAAAAUUGAAAAGGACCAAAUUGAAUCCUAUGCUCAACGUAAAAAUAUGGAAGUAGAAACUGUGGAAAAAUGGCUCGGAACCAUCUUGGCCUACGAUCAUUAA